ACCAGCACAUCCCGGCGCCUCCUCUGCGGCAGCCGCGCCUCGCGGAGUGCCGCAGCGCACGCCCGGGUGGCCGCUCGCUGCUCGCUGCGGCAGGCGCCGCCCUCGCGGGCUGUGUGCCGGCUCUGCGCGGCUGCGGGCGCCGCGGCGCCCCCUGAACUCGGGAUCGGUGUGCGGCGCGGCAUGGGAUAAGACGCCGCCAUGGUGCGCCGAGAUCGCCUCCGCAGGAUGAGGGAGUGGUGGGUGCAGGUGGGGCUCCUGGCUGUGCCCCUGCUGGCGGCCUAUCUGCACAUCCCCCCGCCCCAGCUUUCCCCUGCUCUUCACUCCUGGAAGUCAUCAGGCAAGUUUUUCACCUACAAGGGACUGCGCAUCUUCUACCAAGAUUCUGUGGGUGUGGUUGGAAGUCCUGAGAUAGUCGUGCUUCUACAUGGCUUCCCAACAUCCAGCUAUGAUUGGUACAAGAUUUGGGAAGGUCUGACGCUGAGGUUUCAUCGCGUGAUUGCCCUCGAUUUCUUAGGCUUUGGCUUCAGUGACAAACCGAGACCACAUCACUACUCCAUAUUUGAGCAGGCCAGCAUCGUGGAGGCGCUUUUGCGGCAUCUGGGGCUCCAGAACCGCCGGAUCAACCUUUUGUCUCAUGAUUAUGGAGACAUUGUUGCUCAGGAGCUGCUCUAUAGGUUCAAGCAGAAUCGAUCUGGUCGGCUUACCAUAAAGAGUCUCUGUCUGUCAAAUGGAGGUAUAUUUCCUGAGACUCACCGUCCUCUCCUUCUCCAAAAGCUUCUCAAAGAUGGAGGCGUGCUGUCACCCAUCCUCACUCGAUUGAUGAACUUCUUUGUAUUCUCGCGAGGCCUCACCCCGGUCUUCGGGCCGUACACCCGACCCUCUGAGAGUGAGCUGUGGGACAUGUGGGCAGGGAUACGCAACAAUGAUGGGAAUUUGGUCAUCGACAGCCUCUUACAGUAUAUCAAUCAGCGGAAGAAGUUUAGAAGACGCUGGGUGGGAGCGCUGGCCUCUGUGACUAUUCCCAUUCAUUUUAUCUACGGGCCCUUGGAUCCGGUGAAUCCCUAUCCGGAGUUUUUGGAGCUGUACAGCAAUUCACCAAUCGGUUAUCAACCUGUGAACAGCGAUGACACCUGAGCCCUUGCAGUGGAGAGGAUGGUGGUGGAUGAGUUACACCGAAUUCCUUCCAUCAUGGAUGGGACUGCUUUUAUCCCCACCUGGGAUAAACACUCUGGCUAUGAAUUUGUUUUCCUCACCUGCCCUUCCUCUCCCACGAGCAUCAUUCUUGGACUUAGUGUUGCUUCACUAACACAAUAUCUCAUGUAACUUUGUUUUGGACCAAGAAAUUCAUUCUUUCAUAGAAGAAGUAGAGCAAAAGGAUGAUUAUGUCCAUGGGACCUAUGGGUUUUAUCUUAUGCUGCAUUAUCCAGAAGUUGCUGGGUAGAAAGGCUUUUGAAAACUCAUUUUGGUGUCAGCUGGGAAGCAGUACUUGCGGGAUAGGGAUGCUUGAUGGGGCAUGUGGUUGGCACCAGGACUGUCCAUGAGCUGUUUCUACCAAAGCUGGAAUACAUGGGUCAGGGUAAAUGUUGGCGGGGGGAUACUCCUGUCACUUGCAAAGCUUUUAUGUCCUUUCUCCACUUUGUACUUUGCUUAUUUAAAGCUCCUAAUACCACACCAAGGGAAGACAUGCUUCUACCAAGAGAUCUGCAGUGGUCCCAUUGAAUUCGAAGUUGAGACCACCUCCUGGCCAUUUGGGGCUCAUGCCACUGAGGAAAUAGAUUAAAAAGGAGGUUAUGAUGUUGGCUGUUGUGCAUUUCAUCCUUGAUAAGUUUGCUGCUGUAUUAAGAGGUCAAACAUGGAGAGAGGAGUCUGAAUGGAAUCCAGGGGUCUUAGGAAGGGGAGGAGAUGAAUGUAUGGAUGGCUAAGGUAAUUGUCUUAGAGAAGAAUCUCAACUAUUGGGUAUAAAAUGAAAAUUUUUCUCUAGCGACUGCUAUUAUCUGUUCUUUUUUUUUUAAAAGUUCCUUUCCUAGUGAUUCAUCUAUUAGAACGGUCAUUUUCAGUUCUUAUGACUCCUUGCUGUUCAUUCCAAACUUUAAAUCUCAUAUGUGAUUUGAAAGUCUCCCCUAAACCCCAUAGUCACCCUAGUUUCUAGUGGCUUAGAGUGCAGGGAGGCCAUCUCUCUCCCUGUCACGUGCCCCUCUGAUGAUGAAGGAGGGAGGAGGAAUGAUCAAGGUAGAGGCCCUCUCCUGGGUUGCCCAUGAAGAGACUGUCUCCGCCUCUCUUUGGCUCACUGUCUACAGGUAUGGUGCGGACAAGGUGGUAGUGUCACUGAGAGCAGACAUGCUGUCAAGCUCUCCCCCUGGCUACCUUCCAACUAGGGUCCUCACAUCACAUGCUCUUUUAUGUGUAUGCAUCUUGGCCCCACUGUGGCUGUCCCAGCAAGACUGUAGCCCCCAUUCUCAUCCAUCCCCUGCUGCUAACUCUGGGGCCCACAGGCAUUUGGAGGACCCACUUCUAGGAACUAGGAACGGGGUGAGGGAGUAGUCCUGACUCCCCUCUUCCUUGUUAGCCAUCACCACACCCACUUCUCCUCCAUUUUCCCCUCCUGAUGUCAAAGCACAGGGCAGUUUCCUUGGUGGCCCUUUGUUUAUGAAGACACUUGCCUGGAGUACCAACUGCCAGCCUCUCUUACAGGACAUUGGUAGGUAUCCUCAAGAACAUCACUGUGCAAGGAACUACUAUAUUAAAAUGGUCUUUCCCGUUUUGGCUAGGAGACAAUCUCCUAAAUUAAUUGAAACCUAUAAGUUUCAGUUUAUAAGGGAAAAAAAUGCAAUUUCUCUUUCAAAACAAGGCCAAGUCUGGGGUCAGACAGCCAUGGCCUGCUUCUUGAUAAGCAUGAGUUGGACUCUCCUGGCUCCUGCCUACUGACAUUCAGCUCAUUGGUGCUCUAGUGUUUUGGCCCUGUUGCCAAGCCUCUUGCUGUUUAGCAUUUAGAAGCAUGGACAAUCAGAUAUUCUCAACUGCACAGCUCAAGGAAACAGGCGCAACUCUGGAAAACAAUCCAGAAAAGCAUUUUAUCACCUGGCUCUAUUUUAUGCCAAGACUCAAGGUGAUGUGCUAUGCUGGAAAAAAAUGAUUUAACCCAGCCCAAGGCAUUAUUCUGCUCAAAUCAGCACCAGACAGGUAACAGAAGGCCUUAAUUCCUCUUCUUUCCCUAGUGAUUCCAUUAUGGGAAAGGUUGUUUAUGCCCUGGCCAGGAUGACUAAUUUCUCUAUCUUCUAUACCAAGCAUUUACAACUGGACACCUGGAAUUGACUUUUUCACAAUGAUGUACUACGCUCUAAAUGAGAUGGGAUGUCAAGCAACAAGAUCUUUGGAAUAGAGCAUCACUUGAUUGGGUGCCCACGAUAUGGCUCAAUUCCUCCAGAGGUUGCUCUCUGAGCCCUCUAAUGGCCACCUGGUAUCUUUGAGGCUAGCCCAGUUUAAAGAGUCUCAUCCCGAUAAAUAGGAUCAUGGCUGGGCAUCUGUCACUCAGGACUCUUUGUAGCUUGUCUCAGGAUUGCACUAAGACCCCAGGGUAUUUACAAAGGUCUGAGGCGAUCCAUCACUAGCUAAGUCCGUUCUGGUCUGAUGGAAAUUCCUUGCUAAGGGUUCUGUUAUCAUUAUUCUUCUCUUAUCCUUAAUUUUGAGGAUUUCCUAUUACACUUGGGAAUAUUAAUGGUUUAGAGGUAUUGGCAUAACAUGCCUGUUAACAUUUUAAAGUUGAGCACUACCAAAUGAUUCAGGAAAAAAUGACGUGUGUGUAAAUUGUGUGUGUGUGUGUGUGUGUGUGUGUG